AUGUGUCCCUAGUAUUUUAUACCAGGCUGUCUUGUGAUUGCACUUACUAAUAUAUGUAAUACAACUUCAUUUAAUGCAAUUUUAAAAACUGAGCUAUCUGCAUCUUGAGCCAUAUUUUUGCAUUCUUCUUGAACCACACAGUUCUGAUGCUGUAGCUAAUCAGCCACUGAAAAUGGCUCUAAUAACAAAUGUAAAUUUACAAAUGUAGUAUUUUGUGUUAAAUGUUCUACUAGUCCCUCAAAAGAGAAUCCAGUGUCUAAAAAUAGUUUUGGUAUGGGAGACGCUUCCUGAGAAUAAUUUGUUCUUCCUAAUCCCUUAGUACUAGAAGACCAAAAAAAAACUAGUAUUUUUUUUACAUGGACAUAAUCUGCAGUAGGCAGUUUUCCUUGGUUUAGUGUGGUUGAUUUACAUGUUACUAGUGACAGCUCUGUAGGACUUAAGGAGCAUGGAUGUUUGUCCUUCUUACAGACUGUUCAUCUCCAACAUGUGGAAAGUGGUGCUCCUGGGUCUAUACAUAGUAUUGGCUGUGAGAGGAUUGGCAAAGGGUGCUCCUUUCCAACCAGAAGAAAAAUGGAAACCUCUAGAUAACCCGAGAAACAGAGACCUGUUUUUCAGAACGCUCCAGGCUUAUUUUUCGGGCAGGGGGCUCGAUCUCAGGAAGUUCCCAGCUGCUGUCACUGUGAAUGAUGAAGGACCAAGGCCUCUCAUGUUCUAUGCAGAUCCGAUUGCUUCUGCAUUUGCAGAUUACGAAGAAAGGAAAAAUUCUUUUCCCAAUUAUUUCAAAGGCUGAAAGAUGCUGUUGACCAAGGUAAAAGAGGAGGCCUUUCCUCUGAUGUUGUUACAUGUAACCAAGAGAAAGAUUUGGAUUCAAGUGAUUUUUGCAUCUGACUGAAGUGUAAAAGCAACUACUUUUUUAGAGGGAACUAAAAAUGUAGUUCCUUAACUCUUGCUGAAAUGAUUUUAAACUUCUUGAGGUAGAGAUUUAUGAGGUAUUUACUAAUUAGAUAAAAUAACACAUGGUUCUUGUGCACACCUGUAUAGUCCAUGCUUUUUAUUUCCUCUUUUUUUCUCCCCUCUUUCAUGUGGAAAACCAUUUUGAAAAUGUACAGGUAAUAGGGAAUGAAGAUUUCAUGUAAGUAAUUGAUACCAGUAAAUUUAAAGUUGAGACUAAUGGUUUCUUGUGAUAUAUGUAUAUUAAGAAAAUUAAUUUAGACAAAAGAUAUUGCACUAACAAAGCAUACAUUAUUUAUCUUGGUCCAUUGCUGCUGUUUUCCUUAUUUCUAUGACUAAAAUUGAAGGUUGAUAGAAGGAUUGCAACUUAUGCACAUCUUAUGCAUAAACAAAAUUGUAGUGGGUUAAACUUGCAUUAAUAAUAAAUCCAGCCUCGAUUUAUAGGAGGUACUUCUCAGCUAUUUUAUGUAUGAAUAACCAUACUCGGUAACAAAUAAAUCCUUUUUAGUAUCACCUUUGAAAGUGAAUAUUGGUAAUUCUGAGGAAAGGUAAUUCAUUGUUUUCUUCUGAUAAAUAGUUGAGGAUUUCAGUAAGGUUUAAAUCUAAGCACUUUGGUGAUGUACUCAGUAUCUUAAAGAACUUAAUUUUGUGAUCAAUACUAAGCCUGUGAUUUCCAUCUCUGUCCUGCUCUCUGCCUGCUUAACCACAUUGCUCUUUGUAAUCAACAGUGAAGCUCCUCUACUCGUACUGUCAUGAAUCAGAAUGAAGACUGCACUCAGAUUUUAAUACUAAGUUCUCUUUUUGCUGAGCUUUUAUGUCUGGGGGUGGGGGAGGGGGAAAAGCACCACGGACUGAAUAUUGUGCAUGAAAAAUAAAUGAAAAGGGACUUUAGAAAGGAUGCUGUAGCUCUACUGUAAGUCACAGCAGCAAUGAGAAAGUGACUGGUGGAAGUAAUUUGUCCUGCAUAAUUCAGGAUGGUCACGGCAGUUCUUUUCCGUGUUCAGAACUGUUUUCUGGAAGCUGAGGUCUGCUGUGCUCAGUUGGGCUGUUUCAGCCAGUGUUACCAGGUCUUAGUUUGGAUCAGAUCUUGGUUGCAUAUAGAUAUUUCUGUAUUUGUCUCACUUUUUUUUUCUUUUUUUUUUUUUUUCUUUUACAGGCUGUAGAACUUCACGCGAAGUGAUAACCUUCACAAAUUUUACUGCUUUGACUUUUUAACUGUUACUUGACAAUUUAAAAUGUUCUUCACCGUCACAGUUCCUACCUGUGGAAUGUGAUGUCAUGCUGUAAUUAGCAAAUAUUCGGUCUCUUGACAAAUGUGUGCUGUUUGGCUGCUGCAGAAUUGUGUUUGAGCAUCAAUAAACGAGGAGUGUAACAGAGCACUUUUGAUUACUGCUGAGAGUCUUUGUGCAGAACUGGGAA